CUUAUCACAGGUUUACGACAACUGAUAGGCAAUAUCUAGGACACCUUGAAAUUUAAUUGAACUUCAUGUUACUAAAAGGAAAAUGACUCUCAAAUUACUUCGGGCUCUUAUAAUGGGACCACCUGGUUCUGGAAAAGGAACAAUUUCAUCGAGAAUUAUCAAAGAUUUUUCCAUGAAACACUUGUCAAGUGGUGACUUACUUAGACAUCAAAUACUGUUGAAGACAGAAGCUGGACUUGCUGCCAAGAAGUAUAUUGACCAGGGAGGCUUAGUUCCUGAUGACAUCAUGGUGAAACUUUUAGUAGAUGAACUUAAACAAAUCAAAACGAGUAGCUGGUUACUUGAUGGUUUUCCUAGAACUGUACCCCAGGCACAAGCCCUAUAUGAGAAGGAGCCGUUAGAUGUUGUAUUGAACCUCAACAUUCCAGACUACAUUAUCAUCGACAGAAUUAAAGGACGCUGGACGCAUGCUCCUAGUGGACGUAUUUAUCACACAGAGUUUAAUCCACCUAAAGUACCAGGUAAAGAUGAUGUAACUGGGGAACCUUUGAUACAGAGGGAUGAUGAUAAAGAAGAGACUGUUAGAAAACGUUUAGAAGGUUACCAGAAAAUGACACAACCAGUACUUCAAUUUUAUAGAGAACAUGGAAUUUUAGAAGAAUUUAAAGGAAAAUAUUCCAACGAAAUAUGGCCACACGUGCACAAGUAUAUGUCGACCAAGAUUACACCAUUACAGUACACAGAAUAUAGCUAGAGUUGAAAUCAAAAUGUGUUGAAUUUAUACAUAUAUAUAUUGAUCUUUUAUGCAGGUGCUAGAAAGAUUUAUAUUAUCAUCAUAGUUUUAUAUUAGGACUAAUAAUUUUGGUUUGUUUCAGUAAUUCUUUAAAAAUAUUUUUCCCCGAAAUUGUGAUAAAUUGCUAAGUAUUUACUUUGGAUACCGUAAAAUUCCUAUUGAAUGCCCCGGGGGGCUAAACAUUUUCCAAAAGGGGGUUAUUAUUACAACACAGUUUUUCCUAAAUCCAAAAAUCACUGUAAAUUCAUUUAGUGUUAGCAAGUGUUGGUAAUAACAUUAAAAAGUGUUGAGGUUUUAAAGUUCAUAUUAUACAUAUUUGUGUUUACUAUAAAAUAAAAUGGAUUCUGAAUGAUUUGAAUAAAAUUAUGGAUUUAAUUGUGAGUUCAGCACUGAUGAGUAAAUUGUUUUCCUUAUCAGGCCUAGGGGGGCCUUCAUAAGGGGAGGGGCGUUUAUUUGGAAUUUUACGGUAUAAUAGUAAAUUUGAGGGAAAAUGGGCGGGAGUGAUAAAUUUGAGCAUUUGUAAUCAGAAAUUUCCUACAAAUACUGUACAAUCAUAAUAAAAAUUUAGGAAUUUAUAAUAACUUUAAUGUACUAUGAAUUUUUGUAAAUGGGCUUGUCUAGAAAGUUCAUGUACUUCUUCGUUUUUUACUCUUAAACAAUAUCAUACGUUUUACAAAUUUUGUCUUGUCUAUGAACUUUCUGAACAGCCCUCAUAUUGCAUUGCAUAAAUAAUCAUAAUAUGAGCCGCGUCACGACAAAACCAACAUAGUGCGUUUGCGACCAGCAUGGAUCCAGAUCAGCCUGCGCAUCCGCGCAGUCUGAUCAGGAUCCAUGCUGUUCGCUGACAAACCCAUUAUGUUGGUUUUGUCAUGACGCGGCUCAUAUGUUACCUAAUUAAGUUACUGGAAAUUUGUGGCAGUAAGAAGCAUUGUAGACAUCUUAAGGUGUUACUGAAAGAUAUUUUUUUUUUUGAAACUAUGAAAUUCAUGGCAUAGUAGUUUUGAUAAUCAUGGUGAGAAUUCAUUUAUAAUAUGUGUCCAAAUUUAUUAUAGAUGAUCAAAAUUUGUUAUAUAUUAUUAUAGAUUAAUUCAGGUAAUUAUAUUGAGCUGGAACUCUUUAUUGUGUUCACAAAGUACGAGAUGUAAUCGGGAGGUUCGUAGACUGAAAAAGGUCAUAAUUUAUUUGAAUUUUCAUAGUAAUGUAUCAAAUGAAAAUGAAGCUAUACAAUAAGUCCGCAAACUUCCCGAUCACCCCUCAUACAUGUUUGUGCUGGCAACUUGUAAAGCUUGUUUUCUUCUUUCUUUCCAUACACUGUCCACCUUGUAAUGUUCAGAAAAAGUUGUUCUUUUUCAAAAUUUUCACUAUUUU